AUGUCUACCCCAACCACCUACGCAGCAUGGACCAUUCCGGCAACAGCCACUAAGCUGUCCGACCUGAGGAAACAGGAAAAGGCCAUCCCAACCCCAGGGCCCAAACAAGUCCUCCUCAAGAUGACAGCAGCCUCCCUCAACUACCGCGACGUCCUCAUCUCCACCCGCUCCCCCCAAUACCCAGGAGACCACAAACCCGAUCUCGUGCCCGGCUCCGACGGAGCCGGCAUCAUCCACUCGACCGGCGCAGACUCUGCCUGGGCCGGCAAGAAAGGACUAGCAGUCAUAUUCAACCAAAAUGGGUGGCUUUCGGGAGACUUCCGCAACCUAGACUUUGCCACAAUCCUAGGCGGCACGAGUCAAGAUGGCACGUUGCAGGAGUAUCUUGUGCUGCCUGAUGAGUGGAUUGUGGAGCAGCCAAAGAACUUGACGGCAGUUGAGGCGGCCUCUCUGACGACGGCGGGGGCGACGGCUUGGUCUGCGAUUCGUGGGCAGCUUGAUGGAAGGCUGGAUGGGAGUGUUGGAGAUUGGAUCGGGGGCUGGACCGAUAGGAGACUGGAAGGGAAGUGGGUGCUUACCUUGGGUACGGGUGGCGUCAGCUGUUUUGCGAUUCAGAUUGCUUCGGCUCUUGGUGCAACCGUCAUCGCUACUUCCUCUUCAGACAGCAAGCUCGAGAUUGCGAAAAGUCUCGGCGCGACGCACCUCAUCAACUAUGUCACCACGUCGAACUGGGACGAAGAAGUCUCUCGAAUCACCGGCGGCAAGGGCGUCGAUCAUGUCAUUGAGACAGGUGGUGCAGGCACGUUGAUGAAAUCUAUCAACAGCACCCGCGUUGGCGGUUUGAUCAGCAUGCCAGGUGUUUUGACACCGAAUGCGCCUAUCGACGCGGCUUUUGUCCCAAGUAUCUUGUUUACUGCAAAGACUGGUAAGCCUUUGACCAUCUCUCAUCGAUCAAAUGCCAAGUAUGCUGACAACGAAAACACAGUGAAAGGAUGUUGCGCCUUCCCACGUAACGCAGUUGUCGAACUAGCGCAGUUCGUUGAAGCGUACGGCAUCAAGCCAGUGGUGGCGCACGAAUAUGCUCUCGACCAGACUGUUGAGGCAUUUGAGAUGAUGGCGAAGCAGAGUGCUGUGGGCAAGAUCGCUGUCAGGAUUGGUGGAGGAAUGUGA